CAAUGUUUGAGAUCAUUCGUGUUAUAAAUUCUCCUCUCAACAACUCCCUCCAUUAAUUCAGUCACUUCACUUCACCUCCCACAAGUCCUCAGCCAUGAGCCUCGGGGACGGAGAGUUCUGUUUCUGGACCGAACCUGGGCUCCGACGCCAUGUGAGGAACUUGAACUUAGGAUUACAUGGAUCGAUCGAUCCGUGCAAAGCAGUGGAUGAUGACUGCUCGUCUUCUCCGCUGCUCCCCCGUGAUCAUCACUACAGCAGCCCCUCGCCUUCCUCGAGAUCGCAGGCUAUCGAGCAGGGCAGGAGGGAGCUCAUGGAGAUGGUCCGGGCCAUGCCCGAGUCGAGCUUCGAGCUCUCUCUGAAAGAUAUAGUCGAUGAGCAGCAGAGUUGGAAAGAAUCCCAGAAAGAGGAUGAUUCGGUCAGCGGGGAGGUGGGUAAGGAGAAGCAGAAGGAGAAGAGCAGUAAGAAGAGGAAGAAGACGAGUGCCGCUGGGCGCAGAACGGAUCGCCGUCAGGUGUCGAGAACCAGCAGCAUGGAAAGUGGGACUUUCAUGAUCAAGAUCUUCUUCCCUGCUUUUCUCACAUCGAAGAAGGCACCAUCAAAGGGAAGGAACCCAUCGAAAUCAAAGAUUUCCCCAAAGACGUCGACUGAGGGGCCCGAGAAUCGUGGGGACCAGGAAUCAUGGGGGAAAAAGUCUUCUGCUGCGGCUGAGCAGAGGAAUCACAAGAACCCGAAUGGCAGCAAGAGUAGCAGCAGCAGCAACAGAAGCAGUUCAUGCAGGGAGUCACUCCCCAGCUGCUGGCCUUUUGAAAUGAUGAAGGGCAAACUGAGGAGACAGAGAACAUGCAACUUCUGAAGAAGAUAGAUCAACAAUUUCAUUUUCCAGAUUAGCUGUACCGUAAUAUGUUCAUACCAGGAGGAAAAAGUUGUCUUUGAAGAAGAAGGUCCGAUGAAAAUAAGACUGGAAAUUUUCGAUGCGGGACGACGAUUGCUUAAUGUAGGAGUCAAUUUCUGCUCAUCGAAAAGGAGAAAGAUCAGAAAUGUUUUGGUCAUGAAUAAUUUACUAACUAUAUGCUGUUUACAUGAAUGAGUAUAUUAUCUGCAAAAAAUGUUCUUUGCUUCUGCACAUAAUUUACUAACUAUAUGCUGUUUACAUGAAUGAGUAUAUUAAACCUUAGGACUUUCUACUUAA